CUCGCUAUCCCUUAUACAGCAGGGGAAGUACUAAAGUAUACUACUUAUAUAUAUAAUAGCAAGCUGUUUAUUACCCAGCUAUUAAAGAAUAUAAAGUCCUGGAGUAAUAAGGUUUUAUAUAAUAACUAUCUGAAUAUAAUACUAGAUACUAAUACUUACUGUACUACUACAGAUAUAAAUAAUAUUAUUAUCCUCUACCCCCAGGCCACUACUAACUACUCUAUUUAUCCUAUCUGGGGUAGACUUUAUUUACCUAACCCUAAUACCUAUUUUAACUGGAUUACUAGCAGCUAUACAGCU